ACAGAAGAGAGGAAGGAAAGAGGAAACGCGUAGAGCCACAACACAACACAGCACUCCCGACUGGAAAGAGCCUGUGCGCAGCUCCAGCUCGAAGGAGCGACCGCUGCCUUCCUGGAGGUUCCCGCCUGCCACAGCUCUUUUGUUCCUACACAGAGGCUUGCUCCUCAGGGUUUUGUCUUUUUUUUUCCUUCCCGCGUUCAGGAGGAGGUGGUGGGGGGGGGGUCACCCAUGCUAAGCCCAGUGAGAAUGGAGGAAUUCGUGACCGAAGAGGAAGAGCCGUGGUACGACCAGCAGGACCUGGAGCAGGACCUCCACUUGGCGGCGGAGCUGGGAAAGACUCUGCUGGAGAGGAACAAGGAGCUGGAGGACUCCUUGCAGCAGAUGUACAUCACUAAUGAAGAGCAAGUACAGGAGAUUGAGUACCUAUCGAAGCAGCUGGAGGUUCUUCGGGACAUGAACGAGCAGCAUGCCAAAGUGUACGAGCAGCUGGACGGGACUGCCAGAGAACUUGAAAGCACCAACCACACGUUGGUGACGGACAGCAAGGCCUCGCAGCAAAAGAUAGAGAGGUUAACAGGUACCAUUGACGCUUUGCAGAACCAGGUGGAGUCUCUUUCAGGGCAGGUGGAGCAGCUUCGCUCCAUGGAGCAGCUCCGAGUCAAGAGGGAGAAGAGGGAACGACGCAAGACCAUCCACUCAUUCCCUUGCCUGAGGGAGCUUUGCACAGCGCCCAGGUAUGAGGAUGAGUUUGUAGUGGGCAGGGCUGAGAGCUUUACCGUGGAUGCGAAGAGUCAACCCUUCGAGGAAGAGAACCAGCACCUGAGGGAAGCGGUGUCAGCCCUGCGAGCUGCCGUCCGCACUGAGAGGGGGCGUAGAGAGGGGGUGGAGAGAGAGUGCAACCUGCUGCUUGCCGAGUUCUCGCGGCUGCAGACACGGGUGCAGGAUGCUGAGGGCUGCCAGGCGAGGGUACGGGAGUUGGAGGUGGAGCUACAGGAGCUGCAGCAGCUACGUCGAGCGCGGACUUUCCUGCUGAGCAGCGAGGACGACGGCGUGGCUCUCACCCAGACUGUCCUCAAUAGCACCCCGGAGACUGACACCUUCAUGGAAGGGGCGGUCGGGGAGAUGGGAGGAGGGGUGAGGGAGGAAACAGAAGGUGGAGGGGGUGUUGGGGGUGAGGCAUUACCUGAGUCCAGCCCUGUGAGGAAAAGCUGCAGCGACACAGCGCUCAACGCUAUCGUGGCCCGGGAUGCCUCUGGCCGCAGGAGAGGCAGCUACGCUCUCCACGCCAACAGCGUGAGGAAGAGAGGGAUGUCCAUCCUCAGGGAGGUGGACGAGCAGUACCACGCCUUACUGGAGAAGUAUGAGGAGUUGUUAGGGAAGUGUAGGCGCCACGAGGAGAGCCUUUGUCACGCCGAGGUCCAGACUUCCCGACCAGUCUCCCGAGACCCAUCCAUGAAAGACUGUGCCGUGGGCCCCACCCCGGUGCCACCCCCUACUCCUACCCAGUCGCCCUCCACCCCCGAGGCCAUUGAGAGCAUCAGCAAGCAGGUGGAGGCGGUGGAUAAACGACUGGGACAGAACACACCAGAGUACAAGGCCCUUUUUAAGGAGAUCUUCUCUCGUAUCCAGAAAACCAAGAUGGAUAUCAAAGCUACCAAAGCUGCUAAAGCUAGCAAAUCUGGGAAAUCUGGCAAAUCUAGUAAACACUAAUGGUUCUCUGAUUGGCUACAUAAGGAUGAUUAUGUGCUUUCAGUGUUGAGUGCUCAAGUUUGUGAACAGGGGUUUGGUGUAAACAUAGUUAUAGAGGAUGCUAUUUCAAAAAACUGCUAAAUUCAAGUACAGCUCAGUUUAACUGAGGUCAAAUGAGACUGCAUGGUUUGAAUCCAGAACUGGAACCUUCCAGCAAACACUAGAAUCUGAUUUGCAUGUGAUCAGUUUUAAAACUUUGCAGAUCAAUCCCCUCAUAUUCUUUUAUUCAGUAUUCCUACUAAAUAGAUACUGGCUUCAAUGCCUUACUACCUUAGGCAUGUACCACAAUAACACAAUAAUAGCAAUAUGCCUCUCAAGAGCCACACAAGUGCACUAAACAUUAAAGCUUCACUAGAAAAUUGCAUCUCUGACAAGACCAUGAAUGGAAAUCUAAAAUUAACACGAACUGUAUCUGUUAAGUUUACUAUAAUGGACUUUACUAACACUUAUAUAAUCACAAGACAAAUAUUGAUCCUCUCAGGCCACAGUGCUGUCUGUCUCAAGAAUGUGGUUGAGGUGCUAAUAAUUCUUCUCCCGUUAUAUACAGUAUAUCACUAUACAAAAUAAAACUCUACUAAAUUUAAAUAAGCCUUUAGGCAGGAUGACAUUGCUACCAUUGUGCCCCAUUCACUUUGUGGGAUCUUCCCUACUGCUGUUUUAAUGUUUGCGGCUCCUCGCCUGUUUGUCUAGAAAUUUUGAGGAAUAGUCUGACGUAUCAAGAAAUUUUGCUUUCUUUCCGGGAGAUUGGUGAGAAGAUCAAUACCACUGUCAUGUCUGUAUGGUAAAUAUGAAGCUAAAGCCAGCAGCCGGUUAGCCUAGCUUAGCAUAAAGACUGAAAACGGAGAAAACACCCUGGAGCCUGACCCUGUCGACAACAACAACUUUUGGUUUAACGGGGGGUUUGUAACAGACGACUGUUGGCCAGUAGGAGGUAGGUACUGGUAGGUGGAUUUUAUUACCUUUGGAAAGAGCCUGGCUAGCCGUUUCCCCCUGCUUCCAUUCUUGGUGCUAAGCUAAGCUAAUGGGCUGCCCGUUGUAGCUUCAUGUUUAGCAUACAAACAAAAUAGUGGUAUCGAUCUUCUCCUCAAACUGUCGGCAAGAAAGCACAUAAGCGUAUUUCUCAAAACAUUGAACUACAUUGUUGAUUACUUUAACACUUGUGCUUAAUCUCCUUUCAUUGAAAGUGCUCAGAUGUCAUUGGAGAUCAAGUGAAAAAUGGUUGCUAACUGUGAAACUUCAGGAAAGGAACCUAGACUGGAAAUUUGAUUUACAUUUACAAAUUAAAAACCUUCUCCCUCCACAGUGUUAAAGUCACCUCAGCUCUCUAAGGAGUACUGGAGUGGGUCUUUAUAUGGACUACAGCAAUGCAUUGGGUGAAAAGUAAACUUGCCCAAUGAAAUACAAGAAGCACUGCUAUUUAUACAUAGUACUAAGUAAUAUCUACAUUAUAUGAUGCAAGCUUAUUUUAGUUUUAGAUAAUGAGAUUUAGAUUGUUAAAGCUGUUGAGUUUUGAAUGUGUGGCGAGGCUUCCACUAAAUGCUAAAACGUUGCUGUCUCAGAGAAAAGUUGCAAAUGAAAAUCUGUACAGAUUGUUGUUUCCACCAUUUUCUAGGCAUUAUGGACGCUCAUCUCUCAUUAUAGAGAAUAUAAAAAUCCUGAAGACUAUGAAGUAAAUGGGUCUAUUGGUUAAGUGAAACAUCUUUUUUUUUUUUUUUUUGCACCAUAUACCGUAUAAGCAUUUUUGGUUUGUUGGGGAAGCCGUUGAAAAAAAAAAGGCCAUUAAAUGAAGACAGCAUGAAAAAAAAAAAUACGCAGGGAUGUGGAUCCUUUUUAAAGAAAAUGGUCCAGUGGCGAAAACUGAUAUUACAAUAGUGGAUAAGAUAUUAUUUAGAGCUACAUUUUUGGGAGUAUUUUCCUUAUUUACAGCUAGACAGACACACUGUAUAGUAGAACACUAACUAGUAUGAGGCUUCAAACCAGGGCUUUGUCUAACACCUAGCAGUCUUACCAAACUAUAAAAUUACCUGCAAAUAUAUUGCACCUUUUUCCACAGUAUACAAUACCUAUGCCUUUUUCUGGGUAACCCUUCUAUGUAUAAACCUUUGUUAUAAUGAAUGUUAUUGCAGCUAAUAUUUUAUAUCUGAUUCAGCAAAAUUUAAGACAUAAGAAAGCUUGAACCCUUUCACAUGUGGCACAGCUGACACCCGAGGGACCCGACAUGCGUGUUUUGAGGCUAUGUGUGUAAAGAGGUGUGGAGGAUGAAUGUUUUUCUGAAACCCGGUACUGAAGACAGAGAGGUAUCCUGUUGCCUCCUGCUGGGUGAAAUAAAGGUUGAUUUAGAGUUGCAGCAGUUGAAUUCUUCUGGAUAACCGUGGUGUAUAAAGUGCAUUUGAAGUCAGUGCUCGUGUCUGUUAGAAGGGAGGGAGGAACGUCUGUUAGCAUAGACAAACCAGAUGGCGAACCAGAGCCCGUUAUCAUUUUACGAAGGCUCAUUUGGUUUCUGUACUGUAAUGUCUUACCUAUUGCACUUGAAAAUGUUUGACGCCUCAUCUCUUGCAUAUUUAGGAUAGCUUAUGAAAUUGUACUUGUGUAUUUAUUUGUGAGUGUUUCUUUUUUCUUUUUUUGACUUUUUCAGUACCUAUACGUGAACUGUCACUAACAUUGUCAGAAUAAACAAAUUUAAUUUGCUUUAUUUACGUGUGCA